GUGCUCAUGACCAUACUGGAUUUUAGUAUAUAUUUGGGCGUGCUUAUGAGCAUCCCUUAUUUGGGUGUCUCAUGAGCACGCUCAUUUAUAUACCAAAAUACGGUAAUACUGCUUGUGCUCAUGAGUAUACUGUAUUCCCUUAUUUGGAUAUACUGUCCCUUAUUUGGGUGUCUCAUGAGCACGCUCAUUUAUAUACCAAAAUACGUUAAUACUGCUUGUGCUCAUGACCAUACUGGAUUUUAGUAUAUAUUUGGGCGUGCUUAUGAGCAUCCCUUAUUUGGGUGUCUCAUAAGCACGCUCAUUUAUAUACCAAAAUACGUUAAUACUGGUUGGUUGUGCUCACGACCAUACUGGAUUAAUGUCAGUUUCCUCAAACAUUUCUUACAAAUCCUUCAAAACUUAGAAUUUACUGAUGCAAAAUUCCUACUGUGAUCACAGAAACUUUGAUAGUGUACACCACCAGGCUUAUCAGUAAAACAUCAGCCAAGAGUACCCGCCAAACUGUAUAUAUUGCCAGACUAUACAGUAGAUCGCGCUAAUCUAGCCAUUUUGUCUUCACUGACGUCACCUGACUUUUGUAUAUUGUGAAUAUGACUGUUUAUAUUGUCAACACUGUUUGCGCUAUAUAGAAGUUAAAACUGAAUGGACUUUCUCUGGUUAAAUCAAGAGAGAACUUGGUAGACGUUGUGUGGCGAGACCAUGGGAAACCAGAUCCACCCAUGAAUGACGUGUUUAUUCAUCACCUAAAAUAUUCAGGUAACAUGCCCACCUUUGCUUCUCAACUCGUAUGCAUCGACGAAGUUGCCGUGAACUUCUAUCGGUAAACAAAUUCUUAAAUCCAAAUUGGAGCAGAACAAGCACUCUUUGUCUUCUGUUUUCAGGUCAGAAAUGGCAAGACAAAAUAUUGGUAGUCCGCAACAAGUUAAAAUCCAAAAACGCUUCUGCUGUGGUCUUUACUGCUUUAGAUGAAAUAGCUUGUGAGUUGUUGAGAAAUUGUUUAUGACCAUUCCCAAUAAAUGACACCAUAUUUAUUAGCAAAAAGCCUGGCUCAGGUCAGUUGGCUAAGCUGACAAACAAGUAGCAGAUUUCUGAUUAUAUAACAUCUUCCAUCCUAUCCAAGAUUGCGCCGCAAUAGACCUUACCGAUUAUUCUCUUUUACCCAAUGGCAUCGUUUUCAUGUCAAAUACUUAGUCAUGUUUUGUGCUUAGGAGGGUUGAAAGUAACUUUGUUAUUGAGCCUAAGAACAGCAAGAAACAAAUUCGUCCUGGAAACCAUGGGAAUAUAAAUCUGCCCCUGACAUGCUAUAGUAAGUUAACAUGGAAACGAGGCCAUUGGGUAAAAGAGAAUAAUCGGUAAGGUGUAUUAGUGCGUUACUGUUUCCCGGAUUACUAGCUGCUGUUAGUAUCUAUAUUACAGACGUGUUUUAUUCACGUCUUAUUCUAUCUGCCACAGGGUUGUUUAAUCUGCGUGGCUCGGACAUUGUUUACAAUCCCGUGUUUAUGGCUUAUGCCAUUGUGACAGACAAGAAUGUGUGGUAAGUAUUUUGGAUAAAAACGCUUGUCAAUAUUCUCUUUGCGAGGAACUGUUGGCGUUUAAACACAUCAGUUCAACAACGCAACCUGCGUUUUUACGUGAUUAGUAGUACAGCACUACCACAUAACCAUGGCAUUUCCCUAUACGCAGCUCUCACGGUAUUUUUAGUCUGUUUAUUGACGAAUCAAAACUAAGCAAGAAAAUUUACGAACAUUUGCGUACAACUGGGGAUGAUGACAAGUCGUCUGAUGAAUGCAGAGUUACUCUCAGACCUUAUGAAGAUAUUGCAACCGCUGUUGAUCAGUUAGCUAGCUCGAGUCUUGGGAAAAUUUGGGUAAAUAUUUUGUAACACAAUUAUUGAUUCAAAAAAACAUACUAACAUUGGGAUUGUAAUGUAGAAGCUACCUUAUUACUUCACCAAGUUUGUUAAGAACUGCGAUUUUCUAAUACACAUCAAAUACUUUUUGAGAGACUUCUGUUAGGUAACCUACCCACUCAAGAAUGUUUUUAGAUUUUUGGAAAUCGUCGAAAAGGAAACUUGUACAGCUAGACAUUGCCAUUGGUUAUCGAAAGCCUCUCAAUCUCGAUAGCUUAGUUAACAGUGCUGUCCAUGUUAUCUCCGUUUUCUUUUGUAUUUAGAUAAGCAGCUCAUCAAGUGCUGCGCUAAAUACAUUAUUACCAAAAGUAAGUUAAAAUUCCUAGCCUUAGAAAUAAGGCGCAAUAUUCCAAUAAGUCAGUCACCUGAACACAAACACAAGUCGGUUUUAACCAACGGCAACGUGGUUUUUAUUGACAGAAAUAUUAUUCUUAAAUGCAGGAAAGGCGAGUGUCAGAAAUGUCACCAGUGGCGAAACUUAAGGCGAUCAAAAAUGCAGUUGAAAUAGAAGGAAUGAAAAACGCUCAUGUACGUAGGGCUCAACUUUACCUUUCUAUAUUUUACAAAAAGAAUUUGAUGAUGUACUGUACAAUUUUGUUGAAAUUGGUAUGUUUUAGAUCCGGGAUGCGACAGCUUUGUGCGAGUAUUUUUGUUGGCUUGAAAAGGAAGUAUGUUAAUAUAUUAUUGUAUAUAUAGGUUAUACACAAGACAUUUUUGUUACAUUGUGAAACAUCCUUUUCAUGGAAAUUUGUUCCUUUUCCUUGUUUAAGCUGCAGAGCGUUAUGUUACCGUUUCCAAACAUUUGUUUGAUAUAUACUAGGUGCCAAAGGGAAAGCAAACUGAAAUGUCUGCUGCGAAAAAACUGGAAGACCUUCGCAGGUGUGGAAAAUAUCUCAAAUUUGUAGCAUUCUAUCAUGACAGCAAAAUCCCAAUAACCAUCCUAAAACGUCCUUCAUAAAAUAUCAUAUAUUAUGAUUACAAACAUUGUGAUUUGUGUACAUAGUUUUUACUAAAUUCUGUUUAGUCAACUGGAGGAUUUUGUCAGUCUCAGUUUUUCAACUAUAUCAGCUUCAGGUCCAAACGGUGCAAUAAUUCACUACAGGUAUUUCAAAUUGCUACUUGAUAAUAUAGUUUUCAGAGGCAAAUAAUAAAUCAUGUAGUAGUAUUACAUUCUCUUGUAUGUAGACCGUCAGAAAGUACAGAUCGAAGUCUAACCAGCGAUGAAAUUUAUUUGUGUGAUUCUGGAGCACAGUUCAGGUGUGCCAUAUUUUAUUCAUCCUCGCGUAAAAUAUCUUGCACAAUAACUUAAGCAAAUUCCCUAGGAUAUUUUUCACAAGCUUAUGCCCAGGGUCUUAUGCUCUGCCCAUUACGCAAUCCUGAAAGCAUUACAUCACAUUUCCCAGAGAUGGCACGACAGAUGUAACGCGUACGUAUCAUUUUGGAACACCAAGCGACUUUGAAAAGGUAGCAUGUUUUCUUCAUCUAUUUGGUCUUUCACGAUGGCGUCAGCAGCAUAAUUAUGUUAGGAGCUGUGAAAUAAUAUAUUUCUCCGAUUUACUUUUGUUCACAGAAAUGCUUUACCCGCGUUGUCAAAGGUCAUGUCGCUUUAGCUAAAGCCGUUUUCCCAAACAAAACCAAAGGUAAGCUUGAAUGGGCCUAACUGGUCCUCUAUAGGAAGAACAGUUUAGACAUGCAUUCAUGUAUGAUUGAAUAAUCCAACAUAGAUAAAGUUAUUUUAGUCUAGUUUAGCUCAUACUGUACAUAGACAUGUACGCUGAAGCGUACCUAUUUUUAAUCCAUUCUUGCCUUAUCUCUACCAAAGGUUCUAGAUUAGAUUCAUAUGCACGAUACAGUCUAUGGGAAGGAGGUCUAGAUUAUAGACAUGGCACAGGUCAUGGUGUUGGCGCAUUUCUAAAUGUACAUGAAGGUAAAAACCUCAUCUAAUAAACUAUAUUCAACUUGCAAGGUCUUAUGCAGGAGAGAAAUGGGAGCUCAUGAAAUACGGGCACAAGAUUGUGAAAGUAUAUCAUUGCUUAUAUUUUGUUUCAGGUCCCCAGUCCAUAGGUGCGAGGACUAAUGACGAGCCACUGGAAGCUGGGGUGUUUGUUUCUGAUGGUAUAUACUGUAACUAUUUUAUGUAUACUGUCUAGUGAUUGUAAAAAUAUUAUCAGCCUCUAACAGCCUUGUAUAUGACUCGUUCUUUAGAAAGAUCAUUUUAGUUCAUUGUCUUUCAUUGUUAUUACCAGCCAAUCACAAGCCUUUUCAUAUCGGUUGGUGCAUGGCAACAAUUUGUUGCUUAAAUUAUACCCUGUUAGGCUGUUAUGUAAGUUCUGUAUUAAAAAAAACAAAAGUGUAGAUUUUGAACAGUUUGACAAAUUUUCAACUUUCGUCCUACUUUCGCGCAAAUGGCCAACCUAGUUUUGUUUGUAAUAUAAAUCGAAUGACUUUAUUGUUUUAGAACCUGGUUAUUACGAAGACGAUUCGUUUGGUGUAAGAAUUGAAAGUAUCCUGCUUCUCAAACCAGUCACUUUAGAGGUGAGUGUUUGCUAUGCGUGUGUAUUUUCAGGCUAAUUGACUAUUGCCUAUUAUUAACCGCAUUGCUUAUUUUCGUACAGAACAACUUUAAUAAUAUUGGAUAUCUUGGGUUCGAACCAGUCACGUUGGUAAGAAAAGCAAACUGUUUGUUUUUCCUCUUGUCAUAACUUAUAUACUAUUGUAUCAUUCAAUAUCUUUGUCUGAAUUAGUGUAAUUUCCCCGAGAUUUUCAAAAAUACUAAAUGGUGUGUAAUUUUUCCUUUACUUUAGUUCCCUAUUCAGACGAAAAUGUUGAUGCCAUCCAUGCUAAGUCCCGAAGAGGUAGCAUAAUUGUUUUUGUAUAAUCGCUCACUGAGAUCUGUUUGCCCUAUAAUAAUAAGCACUCAUUGCUGAGUUGGGCAAUGCUUGUAAAAUACUAGAAUGCUGUUUUUAGGGUUUGUAAUCCAAGUGAGUAUAUAUACACUUUAAGACCUGACCAGGAACGACUGCGAAAAAUGCAGCACAAGGUCCUCUGGUAGGAAUUGAACCUACGGCCCUGCGAUAUUAUUUUCAUUUUUCCUCAGGUGAAUUGGUUAAACGAUUACCAUGAGAUGUGCCGUGAAAAAGUUGGCGAGAUGUUGCACGAGCAGGGGAAAACGGCUGCUUACCGCUGGCUGAUGAAGGAAACUGAGCCGCUUGGAUAACAUAUUGACAAUUGAAUAACGAUACACAGAAAGACGUUUAAAACCAAACUUAUAGAAAAUCGAAACUAUAUGGCAUGGUUGCACGACAAUAGCACUAAACAAAGUGACUUUGUUAGUACACCAUUAAUAAGUGAAAUUUUUUUAUUAUGACUACUUCAUGCUAGAAACUGAUAAGUUACUGGGCCUACUGGCUUUCUGUAUAGGCACAAUAUUUACUUAAAAAAUAGAAUUCAUUAUUUAUAAUAAUAUGUUCAUGAUUUGAGUGAGUUAUUCCAAAACCGCGUAACAGGAAAAUCUGCUUUCUCGAAUAGUUAGCUCCGACGCCCUAGCAACUGAUUAGAACUGGCUUGGACGUCAGAUGAUCACACAACUAUACCAAGCAAAGUAUCACACAACAAUAUUUAGUAAAAAUAUUUUUAUUUACUUACGGUUCAUGCGGUAUAGCACCUACAGUAUAACUGACAGAAGCGUUACUAUGGUUACUCUGUGUGCAUACGUUGCUCCAAAGGAGGCGAUUUUUAGGCUUAUGUGGUUACACAGCAAGGAUCCAUUGGUCGAUAUAUAAUCUCCAGCCGUGUCUUGUGCAUCCUGGACUGUCAUCUAUACUGCAUCUUGUAGUCUCAUCUUCAGGCUCUCCCAUCUCAGACAUCACGACUGUUCACGAGCAGCUUUAGUCGGGAGCUUUCGCAAGUCGCAGUUUGCCAUAGCAAUCGUUACACACGAGAACGCGCUGGUCACGUGACCCAGGGGC